AUGUUUCCCAUACAGAAGGGGUCCCUCAACCUACUGAGGCAGAAAUGGGAAUCCAGUGAUUUCCAGAGAAGCGAGAGCUGUCUUGGGGGCAGCCAAUGCAGGCUUUCCAGGCUGAGGGAAAGCAGGUUGCUUGAACCAGAAAGAAAGACAUUCUCAGUACCCGAACCUCCAGAUUCCCCAAGUCUGACCUGCAACACAAAACAGGAGGUGUUGAGUGGAGAACCUGAGGAUGCUAUUCUUCAGGACCAGAGCCACUACUUCAGGGAAUGUUGCCAUCCUGAAGUGCUCAAGGAAGAUUCCCUGACCGGCCGGCGCAAGAUUGAACGUUUUUCCAUUGCCCUAGAUGAGCUGAGGAGUGUAUUUGAGACUCCUAAGAGUGGAGUUAGACCAGUGGGACCAGCUGAAUAUAGCCAAAAGGAUGUGGAAAUUGAGCGAAGUCUCUGUUCACCAACAUUUAAGAGUCAUCUUGGGAGCCAGUCAGACGAUUCUGGAAAAGAUUCAGAGAAAAAAGGAAAGGAAACACCCUUGGACCAGAUGUCACCUGACAGUGGUCACAGCCACAGUCUUGAAGAGACUUUCUGCCCUACUAAGCGCACAGAAGACAGUGUUGCUGGGAGUGAGGAGGAGCAGAAUCUCCACGAGUUGGUACCCCUGAAGGAGAGAAUGGCGAGGUAUCAGGCAGCUAUUUCCAGGGGUGACUGCCGCAGCUUCUCAGCUAAUGUGAUGGAGGAAUCAGAAGUGUGCACAGUGCCUGGUGGUUUGGCCAAGGUGAAGAAACAAUUUGAGAAGGAUGAGAUGACUUCAUCCUGCAAUGCCUUUUCUCAGUACCAGUACCACCACCAGAACAGAGCUGAGCAGGAGGUACUCCAAAGCAGUCAGACAAUGAGAAGGAAUGAACAAGAAGUUUCCCAGACACACAGAACUGAUGUCCUCAAAGCAGAAAUGGUAUCACAGCUUGAAAAGCACACUGAGGAAAUAAACCAAGCUUCUCAGCUUCAUCAAUAUGUUCAAGAAACAGUAAUUGAUACGCCUGAGGAUGAAGAGAUCCCUAAGGUUUCAACUAAGCUUUUAAAAGAGCAAUUUGAAAAGUCUACCCAGGAAAAGUUUCUCUAUUCUGAUAAAGAGACAACCCCAGUGAAGCAGAUUAAGAAACUACUGCCCCAAGACAAGGAAAUAUGUAUAGCUUGUCAAAAGACAGUUUAUCCAAUGGAGCGUCUCAUAGCAGACAAGCAGAAUUUCCAUAAAUCAUGCUUCAGAUGCCACCAUUGUAACAGUAAACUAAGUUUGGGAAAUUAUGCAUCACUUCAUGGACAAAUAUACUGCAAACCUCAUUUUAAACAACUUUUUAAAUCUAAAGGAAAUUAUGAUGAAGGUUUUGGACACAAACAGCAUAAAGAUCAAUGGAAUUUCAAAAAUCAAACCAGCUUAAUGGAUUUAAGUCCCAGUGAAGGACCAGGUGUGUGUGAAAACACUGCAGCAGAGACCCUCUCACCUGGAUACCUUACUGAACAUGUAGAUGCUAGUGACAGUGAAGGGCAUAGAGAUGAGUUGAAAAAAGUGCGAGAGAGGGGAAAAUUAAAAAUUAUUUGGCCUCCUUAUAGGGAGAUGCCUAAAAAAAGCUUUCCCCUUGAGGAAGAACUCAAAGUCAAUAAACCUAAGUGGCCACCUGACUUGACCAUUCCUAUGCCCUCUGAAUUUAAAAAUGAAUCACUGAUAGAACACUUUAAAACUCUAGACACUAAAGGACAAGAAGGAGACAACCUGCCUAUUCUGCAGCCACAUCCAUGUAUGGGUCAGGAAGAGGAUGUUACAGGAAACAAAGAAUUGAAAAUACAUGAAACAAGAAAAAAUGAGGAGGAAGGAAUGAAGAAUGUGAAAGAUAAGGUUAAUAACAGUGAGGAUUUAAAGACUAAGAGAAAAAGUGAAAUGGAUCUUAGUGACAAUAAUGCAUUUGUGCAGAGUGAUGAAAAGGAGAAAAAUGGCCAUGCUAAUGAACCUGAUUGUGCAGAAGUUUUACAAGUUCUGAACACUGAUGAUGAGGUGGUGCCAGGAAAUCAUAAAGAGAAUUUCAAUAAGAAUAAUAAUAACAAUUAUGUAGCUGUCUCCUAUCUGACUAAUUAUAGGCAGAAAACAUCUAUUUUAGAAUUUCCUCAUCUAUUACUACAGCCAAGUGAAGCAAGCUACACUGCAGGUGACUACCAAGCGAAAAAGUUAGAAAAUGUCUCUAGAAUUUCUGAGUUACUUAGUAUCUUUGAAUCUGAAAAGUUGUAUUCCAGGAAAGUCCUAGCCAUGGCUCUGGAGAAGCAGGCUGACAGAGCAACCGCAGGCGGUCCUGUGCAGUUGGCCCCAGAGCCAGGUUUCCAAAGGGACUUAGCAGUGAAGGGUGGAAGACCCACAGCCUCUUCUGAUGCAAGUCUCUUAAACAUGAAAGUAAAUAAUACCAUCAACAAAACUUUACCUUUUUUCUUUUCCAAUACUGUGAAAAUCACUGCAUUUUCCAAGAAGAAGGGUAACAUUGUUGAGUGUAAUUUGUUAGAUUCUGUCGAUCAACUUAAGAACAUACCAGGCUUGUAUUUAAGAGAACUUGGGAAGAAUGUCAACCACUGGCAUGGGAAGGCAGCAGAAACAGUGCAGAGUGAUGGAAACACAGGCUGUGAUGCUCUGACCCACAGAUGUGCAGCUAAGUCUAUGUUUCCCAGCACGGAGAGGCAGGCUGCCCUUCUGACUGUGGAAGAGCAGAUUAAAAGGAACAGGUGCUACAGUGACACUGAGUGACCCAUCUCCACCUAUUUGCAGUCCACACUCAGACACUGGGUUAUUGGAUCUUCUAAAAUAAAUUGUCAGGGUCAUUGAUAACUGUUUGUUGAAUUUGCAGAGAUAUGGUUCAAAAGCCUUAUCUUUCACAGUGGGAUAUUUCUUGCA